AAAAUUUGAUUUUGGUUUGGUGCCAAACUAAAAUCAGCUGAUUUUCAUUUACCGCACUACUGCGACUCCCAAUAUCAGUAUUUUCGUUUCAACUGCUCAGUUUACAUUUGAAGAUACCUAUAUAUAAAAACAAGAAUUGAUAAUGGGAUCAUCAAAUGUAUUUACAAUGGGAGGCAAAUACUCUAAAUUAGAUCCUAUGGAGGUUGACGUGCCUCAAAUUAAAAGCCUUUUAGAAAGAGAUCCAUACUUGCAGCCUUACGAGAGGGAGAUUCGCAGGCGUUAUGCUGUGUUUAAAGACUAUAUUGACACCAUUGAAACAAAUGGUGGUGGAUUGGAUAAUUUUACACAGGCUUAUAAGUUUUAUGGUAUGCAUGUACAACCAGACAAUUCAGUGAUAUGCAGGGAAUGGGCACCAGGAGCUAGGGCACUAUUCCUAGCAGGAGAUUUCAAUCAGUGGAAUCGCGGUAGUCAUCCCUAUAAUAAGCUAGAGUAUGGCAAGUGGGAACUAACACUUCCAGCCAAUGCGGAUGGAAGCUGCCCAAUAAAACAUCUCUCAGAAGUUAAGAUUGUAGUGGAAACACACAAUGGGUCUAAAGAAGACAGACUAUCUCCUUAUGCGCCUUAUGUGGUUGAACCUCCUAAAUCUGAGGGCACCAUUUACAAACAAUUAUUUUACAAUCCUCCAGCACAUGAAACUUACACAUUUAAAAGUAAAAGUCCUCCCAGACCUAAAAGUCUUAGAAUAUAUGAGUGUCAUGUUGGAAUAGCUACACAAGAGCUCACUGUUGGAAGCUAUGAGAAUUUUACUCAAAACGUGUUACCACGUAUAGUUAGACAAGGCUACAAUUGCAUCCAAGUGAUGGCCAUAAUGGAGCAUGCUUAUUAUGCUAGUUUUGGUUACCAAGUUACAAGUUUUUAUGCAGCAUCUAGCAGAUAUGGAACCCCUGAUGGCUUGAAAGCUAUGGUAGACAGAGCUCACGAAUUAGGACUAACAGUUUUACUUGACAUAGUUCAUUCACAUGCUUCUAAAAAUGUCUUGGAUGGCAUAAACUUAUUUGAUGGUACUGAGUCCUGUUUCUUCCAUGCUGGACCUAGAGGUACACACUCCCUUUGGGACUCUAGAUUAUUUAAUUAUUCCGAGUAUGAGGUACUCAGGUUUCUUCUGUCCAACAUCAGGUGGUGGAUGGAGGAAUAUAAGUUUGAUGGAUUUAGAUUUGAUGGAUGCACAUCGAUUUUGUACCAUUCUAGAGGUAUUGGCCAGGGUUUUAGUGGCCAUUAUGAUGAGUAUUUUGGAUUGAAUGUGGACACUGAUGGCCUCGUCUAUUUGAUGCUAUGUAACUAUAUGGUGCACAAGUUUAAUCCAGAGGCCAUAACGAUUGCAGAGGAUGUGUCUGGGAUGCCAGGAACUUGUCGCCCUGUUGAAGAGGGCUGUGUAGGAUUUGAUUAUAGACUUGCCAUGGCGAUUCCAGAUAAAUGGAUUGAAGUUCUUAAAAAAUAUAAAGAUGAUGACUGGGAUAUGGCUAAUAUUGUUCACACGUUAACAAAUAGACGUUGGAUGGAAGCAAACGUGGCUUAUGCAGAAUCUCAUGAUCAGGCUUUGGUAGGGGAUAAAACUAUAGCAUUCUGGCUUAUGGAUAAAGAAAUGUAUACCCAUAUGAGUACCGUGUCAGACCCGUCUCCUAUCAUCGACCGUGGAAUAGCCCUACAUAAAUUAAUUCGCUUCUUAACACACGCUCUAGGAGGAGAAGCUUGGCUUAAUUUUAUUGGUAACGAGUUUGGCCAUCCAGAAUGGCUAGAUUUCCCAAGAGCGGGCAAUAAUAGUUCCUACCACUAUGCCAGAAGGCAAUGGAACUUGGUUGAUGAUGAAUUAUUAAAAUAUAAAUACCUAAAUAACUGGGAUAGAGCAAUGAAUAACACAGAGAACAAAUAUGGAUGGCUGGCAGCCCAUCCGGCUUAUGUGAGCUGGAAGCACCAAGAUGAUAAAGUGAUAGUUUUUGAAAGAUCUGGCUGUCUAUUUGUCUUUAAUUUCCAUCCAACAAAAAGCUUUGCGGAUUAUAAAGUUGGUAUAGAGGGAUCUGGUGAAUAUAAAAUUGUCUUGAAUUCCGAUGAGAAAGAAUUUGGAGGAUUUGGUAGGAUAGAUAGUUCUAUUUUAGCGCACGUUAACAGUGAUGGAUACAGUGGUAGAAGGCAUUCACUUCAGGUUUAUAUACCGAGUCGUACCUGCAUAUGUUUAGCGAAUGUAAACACUUUAUAAAUUAUAAUUUGUAUACUUUUAGUAGUUAACAUUCUUGAUUGUUUAAAAUUAUGGCCUGUUCCAGGGCUCUUGUUGAUAUUUAUGAAAAUUUUUUUAAUGUACUGAAAUUAUUUAAUUACAUAUUAUACUCUUUUGUUUACAAAUUUAUCGUUUUUUGUAAAAUAAUUUUUUAGCAAUAAAACUAUUUUUCAUAAAAA